GGCGGGCUCCGGGGCUCGCGACAUGGGCGACGGCAGCAGCACCUCGAGUGCGGGCAGCGGUGGCAGCCCGGACCACCAUCACCACCACGUGACCCCCGCGCUGCUGCUCCCUGGUCCGCACAAGGGUCCGGACGGCAAGGCCGGAGCCACGCGCCGGUCCCUGGAUGACCUGUCCGCGCCACCGCACCACCGAAGUAUCCCCAACGGCUUGCACGAUCCCUUAUCUACCUACAUCAGGCCACUGGAGACCAAGGUGAAGCUGUUGGAGGGUGACAAGUUCCCUCCACAGCUACCCCGCCCUUACUGCCACCCGAGAAGCCUGCUUCAGCAGGUGGGCUCUGGAGAGUUCCGGACGCUGCGGAAAGGCUUCUCCCCGUACCACUCAGAGUCCCAGCUUGCGUCCCUGCCACCCUCCUACCAGGAAGUCCUACAGAAUGGCCCUGCCUGCCAUGUACCUGAGCUGCCCUCACCCCCUUCCACUGUCUACAGCUCUGCAGGACAGAAGCCCGAGGCGGUUGUACAUGCCAUGAAGGUCCUGGAGGUACAUGAGAACCUCGACCGCCAGCUCCAGAACAGCUGUGCGGAGGACCUGAGCGAGAAAGAGAAGGCCAUCGUCCGAGAGAUGUGCAACGUGGUCUGGAGGAAACUGGGAGAUGCCGCCAGCACCAAGCCCUCCAUUCGGCAGCACCUGUCGGGUAACCAGUUCAAGGGGCCUUUGUAGGGCCAUUCCUCCAUGGACGUGGACUGGCCCUUCCUGGAGUUCCAGGCCCCAGACAUGGCAGGACCUCGGGGCUAGCUACCGUUUUUCUCCGUGGUGAAUUGUACAUAGGACAUGCCUCACCCUGGCUGCCCUGGUGUGAGACACUGAUGACCAGGGCUCCACCUCCCGCCCCCCAACACCAGCAAACUGGGAAGAAGCCACUGCCUGCUUGCUGCAGCCAGGUGGCCUUGCUCCCUCUUUGGGCCCCAUGCUCCACUAGCAAGAGGUUGAAGGCUACUUCUGGGAUAUUCCAGGCCCAGGAACUGUUGCAGGCUCUGUGUCUUAUUCUCAGUGGAGGUUCAUCUCACUGAGCCUUCCACCCUAGCUGCCCACCACAAUGGAUGAAGCAGCCACCAGAGCCUGAAUGAUGUCACAGGUGGCGCUCUUCCUGGGUCAUGGAGCCCUGGGUUGCGUGUGUCCAUGGCUGGCUGGAGGAUGCUCUGGGUUCCCAAGUCCUUGAUGCUCAGCCCUGGGAGCUCAGGGUUACCCAGCUAUUUGAGGGUUGGUGCCCAGCCACUCCGAUGUUGGUUGCUGCUCCCCUUUGUACAGCUCCCUGCCUGUGCCAGGUUUAGCCCUCUCUCUCCAGGUCUCUCCUGCCGGGUUUCCCUUUCUGUGGUUUACAGCAACAUAGGAAGUCCUGGAGAGUAUGGGUUGAGCUGAGCAUGCUCUCUGGACAGGUACUGUCUCUGGGGCACUGGUCAGUGUAGCCUCUGCCAGGGCUGGCUACAUCUGGGUUACUAUGCCAGAGCUGCAGGAGCCAGACCUGGUUCUGGCUUUAAUUUGCUGUGUGACCUUCAGCAAGUUACUUGACUUUUCUGGGUCUGUGAUGGGAAGAUGAGUUAUCUGUGGUUCCUUUUUGCCCUGCUCACUGUAGAAGCCACCCUACUCUAGUGGGACUCUGUCCUUACAGUUGAUGAGCCAAUGUGGUGACCUGCUGGAGAGGCGUUUAGGUGGGCUAGCCUGUUUGUCUGGCUGCCUUGCUGUCCGAUCACAGGUCACCCCCUCUCUGAGCCUGUAUCCUCAGAUGCAAAAUGGCAGCACCAGGCCCUCCUGACUAGGGCCACAGGGAUCAAAUGACCGCUUGAGUGUAACUGAUCCUGAAUCCACUGUGAAGCCUAACAGGGAAUUAACUCGGACCAAGGAAAAUGAGGCCCAGAGGAAGUGGGUGAUUUUCCGACAUGUACAAAUGACAUCCCAAGACCCGUUGCAGGAUCGGGCCACAGGAUCAGCUGCUGACAUCGCUCAAGCUGUUUGUUUACUUCCCCACUCCAUCGCCGUCCUCUUCCAGUGGUACUUAGAGCCCCGCCCCAUGCGACAAGCACCCGAGGAGCCCAACAUGCUUGGCUUUGCCUCUGGCAGGUCUCCUUCAGGCCCCCGUGAGCAAAGGCCAGGUCAGGAAAGCAGAUGGCAUCUUCGCUCCUGUUCCCAGACAAGGCCCUGUGACCCUGAGCUGUUCCUACUGCCUUUGCUGCCCACACCCUCGGGUCCCACACUCUCAGGGGAAAGGCUGAUGGCCCUCAGUGUGCCCAGGGAGUGCUGCGCGGGUACUGCAGGGGACAGGCCUGAUGGUCUUGCUGAGGGUGUCACCAGGAACCUCCUUUUCAAAGGAGCUGCUGUCUGGCCAGGGGAUAAACAACUAUCACCUCUCCUGCUGGUCCUGGUACUGGUUAAUUUUUGCCAAGUGGGCUGCUAGGCUGGCAGGGUACAGGCCCUUCCUGGAUCUCAGAGGCCAAGGAAUCCUAGCAUAGCACUGACGUGUGUGUCUACACUGGGUGGGAGUCAAGUCUGUGAGUCCCUGACAGUCACAUCUGGAUCAGGAUGGCUUG